AUGUACUACCUAUCCUUUCCCAAUGACCCCCUGCGAAACAAGGUCCUUGUAUACACCAUCUUCGCGUUCGAAGUUCUGCAGACUAUCAUAGUGACGAUAUCCGCGUAUCAUGUUUUCGCUACCGGAUAUGGGAAUUUUGCAGUCUACAAUGCCGUUGAUUUGGCAUGGCUUGAUGUACCAGUGAUAAGUGGAAUUGUCGCAUUUAUUGCAGAAGGCUUCUAUGCGUAUCGCAUUAGCCUCUUGUCUCAAUCGUACUAUGUAGCAGGUGUGAUUGUAGUGCUUGCCACGGUUCAGCUCGCAGGGUCAAUUGCGGCUGCAGUGGUUCUCAAAAACGCAGACAUGUUCAGUCGGCUACUGGGUGUAGACUACUCAAUUACAGCUGCUAUCUGGAAUGGAGGAAGCGCCUUGUGUGACGCCAUCAUCGCGAUAUGCAUGACUUAUUAUCUAAGUAAACGAGGAUCCGAGAGUAUGAAAACGACCAAUGUAAUUGUCAGAAGGGUGAUUAGGCUGGUAAUCGAAACGGGGACUGUUACAGCCGCUAUAGCAAUAAUUAAUCUUAUUCUCUCCGUCCUUCCAUCCAAGCCGGCGUACUACCAAAUUCCUUCGGUUCUCUUAGCAAAGGUAUACUCCAACUCGAUGAUGGCAGUAUUCAACAGCAGAAUUAUUGCAUAUGGGAAGGAGCACAGUGAAGUCAACGACAAUAUUUCUGGGGCGACAUCCGCGAUGGGGAGAGGCGUUGGGCCGUUCCGAGCCAAUCCUGGAAUCAGCGUUCAUCGCCAGGUAAUGCACGAAGGGGAGACUUUCGAGCUAAGGGGGGCUCUAGCUAUGGGUACACACAGUGGUCGCGGUGAUUCACGAGAUGCUGAUGACGAAUAUUCUUUGGGUACAUCCAAGUAG